AGAUUCUCAAACUUCCUGAUAUGGGUAUCAACUUCGAUAGGUCUACAUUCUUCUCAAUUCCAACUUGCCAGAUUGUGUUUUCUUUGCCCUUGAAACCUAAAAAUAAUAACAAAAUAAUUUGUAUUAAGAUGCAUGGUGAUCUAAGAUGGAGAACAAUACUUACCGUGGUUUUACGCUGGUAAUAGAGGAUGUACUUUAUGACAAUGGAACUUUUUAUUGUGUUUUUCCUGGUGGAGUGUUGGGGGCUUACUCUCUUGCUUCCCAAGAAUUGAAAUUACUUACAGAUAUGAUGCCAAUCUUAAAUGUAACAUUUCGAUCCGAGAUCCGAGUGGUUGAAUCUGAUGGGACCUUUUGCUGGUAUAUCCUUCUGUGGGCUUUAAUAUUUUCCGGUUUGAUUGUCACUGAUGACUUGGGUCGAGCAAGAUGCUUACAGAACAAAGCAUUACUGCUUUGUUGUACUUCGUAUUCAAUUUCAGCAGAGAAAAACACAUCAGCUUUAGUGGACAAUUUCUAUAUCAUAGUCACGAGAACACUUUCUUCUACUCUCUCAAGACCCGUGAAUCUCACAAAUGUUCUGAAUUCUAUCAUUGGGUAA